CAGCCACCGGGGCGGCCAUCUCUUGCGGGGCAAGUUUACAUUUUGUCCUGGAAUAUUUGGUGAUUCGGUCAAGUAAUACGCCUCAUCCGAAGAUCUCAUUGGCUUGGGUAAAUGUGCUCCAAAAGGCGCAUUCCUCCGUGGAUAACCGGCUGCUUUAAAUCACGAGAGCUUCCCCGCAUGCCUGCAGCCCGUUGUGUUUGCUCCCCCUCUUUCUCCUCUUUCCCUCUCGACGUUUCUUCUCUUCUUCUGUAGUGCUGAAGUCGCCUUUGAUUCAGACAGUGAAGUGAAAGAAAAAUGCAAUCGUCGCUACUGCUCCGAGCAAGGGGUUUCCCUGGUGCCAGAACCGCCUCGGCGUUUGCGCGGACGAGGACGGCUGCGUACGCCACUUUCAAGGUCCCUCGCAUCGACAACGAGCCAAACAAACACUAUGCUCCUGGCUCCCCUGACCGAAAAGGUCUCCAAGAGGCCCUGGCCAAACACCAGCAGGCUGCUCCCUUCAAAGUACCUCUGGUGAUCGCAGGGAAGGAGAUUGAAUCUUCCCAAACAUACACACAAACGAACCCCGCCUCGCACGGCCCCGUGGCCACCUACUCCAACGCCACAACCCGAGACGUCGAAGCCGCCAUCGCUUCCGCCCUCGAGGCUCGCAAAUCAUGGGCCUCGACUCCGUUCGCCGACCGUGCCAGUAUCUUCCUCAAGGCGGCUGACUUGAUCGCCACAAAGUACCGCUACGACGUGAUGGCUUUGACGAUGCACGGCCAGGGCAAGAACGCCUGGCAGGCUGAGAUUGACUCUGCGGCUGAACUGUGUGACUUUUUCCGCUUCGGAGUCAAGUAUGCGGAGGAUCUGUAUGCUGGACAGCCGGUACACAAUGCUCCUGGUGUUUGGAACCGCGUUGAAUACCGUCCCCUAGAAGGUUUCGUUUACGCUAUUAGCCCGUUCAACUUUACUGCUAUUGGUGGGAACCUCGCUGGUGCUCCUGCAUUGAUGGGCAACGUUGUUAUCUGGAAGCCUUCUCCUUCCGCCAUUGCUUCCAACUGGCUGGUUCACCAGAUUCUCCUGGAGGCUGGACUGCCCAAGAAUGUCAUCCAGUUUGUUCCUGGUGAAGCCGAGGAGGUGACAAAGUCUGUGCUUGACCACCCCGAAUUUGCUGCUCUGCACUUCACCGGUAGCACCAGCGUGUUCCGCAGCCUCUACGGUCAGAUCUCCGACGGAGUGGCCGCUGGCAAAUACCGCAGCUACCCUCGCAUUGUUGGUGAGACUGGUGGCAAGAACUUCCAUCUCAUCCACAAGUCCGCAGACAUCCGCAACGCUGCCGUCCAGACCGUCCGCGGUGCCUUUGAGUUCCAGGGCCAGAAGUGCAGCGCCACAUCUCGCGCCUACGUGGCCGAGUCAAUUGCCGACGAGUUCCUCGAGCAUGUGGUGAACGAGACCAAGAACCUCAAGGUCGGCCCUCCCACCGAGUUCUCCAACUUCUGCGGCCCCGUCAUCCACGAGGCCUCCUUCAACAAGCUCGCCAAGGUCAUCGAUGAAGCCAAGAACGAUUCCGAGCUCGAACUUCUCGCUGGAGGUACCUACGACUCGUCCAAGGGAUGGUACAUCCAGCCGACCGUCUACCGCACCUCGAACCCCGACCACCCUCUUCUCUCCCGCGAGCUUUUCGGCCCUAUUAUCGUCAUCCACUCGUACAGCGAUGCCACCGAUGGUGACUUUGUCCGAAUGGCCGAGAAGAUCGACCAGACUGGCGAGUACGGUCUGACCGGCUCCGUCUUUGCUCAAGACCGCGAAGCCCUGCAGCUUGCAGAUGAUGCCCUCCGCAACGCCGCCGGUAACUUUUACAUCAACUGCAAGAGCACCGGCGCUGUUGUUGGGCAGCAGCCCUUCGGUGGUGCGCGUGCCAGUGGUACGAACGACAAGGCGGGCAGUGGCAACCUGCUCUCGCGGUUCGUGAGCUUGCGCUCGAUCAAGGAGGAGUUUGUCCCGACGUACAAUGUUACGUACCCUAGCAACGAGUAGCGUGUCUUUUCUUUCUAUUCCCCUGUUGCGACUGUUUCCUUGCAUCUAAUACGGCGUUUUCAUUUUAGCAUUGACGAAAAGUCAUGACUGUUCAUAUACUUGGUGAUAUCAAUACCAUUACUUACACACCUAUAUCAUUGCCCUUCAAGCCCUAGGCCUUUAGACCUUCUUCAAGCAGUUCCCAAUAAACCUCCCCAUACUCUUCCUCGCCCUCUCGGCAAACUCCCCCAAAUCCACAUCAUUCCCCUGUCCAUCCGCGCCCCCAUCAAAAAUCUCCAUACUAAACCACCCGCGAAACCCCGUCCGCAGUACCGCAGCCCCAACAGCCUCAAUAGGCAGAUACCCACCAUCAUACGGCAUGGGUCUAAAAUCAUGGCUCCACC